UCCACUCCUGACUACUUACUACGUUUAUCUACCGCAAGACACAGAAAUCACAAUAAUAAUAUACCUAUAGUUCGGUGCGUCGCGCGUGUGCCCUACACAUCAUAUCGACGACGUUCCGGCGAGAAACGUGUGUUUCUGGUCAAGUGCAUUCGCGGUGUACGAUUUUUGAUUCGCGAGUCCGUGAGAGAUCUACGACAACAGCGUUUCAUAUUUUGACGUUUCCUGUCCGUUUGAACGACGAUGGCCGACAAGGACAAGGACAACGACGAGGUGGAGGCGACAAUCGCUGACGAGGCGGUGGUGACCAAGUACAAGACGGCUGGGGAUAUCGCCAACCGUGUUCUUGUUGAAAUCAUCGAAAAAUGUGUAGAAGGUGCAUCAGUCCGUGAUGUAUGCAUUUCAGGUGAUAAUUUAAUAUUAGAAGAGACUAGUAAAGUAUUCAAAAAAGAAAAGGAAAUGAAAAAAGGUAUUGCUUUUCCCGUUUGUAUAUCUGCAAACGGCUGCAUUUGCCAUUUUUCACCUAUUACAAGUGAACCAGAUCAUACAAUUGCAAAGGAUGAUGUUUUAAAGAUAGAUUUAGGAGUUCAUUUAGAUGGUUUCAUUUCAAUGAUCGCUCAUACUGUUGUUGUGGGAGCGAAUUCUGAAAAUAAAAUCACAGAUAAAAAAGCUAAUUGUUUCUUAGCUGCUCAUUAUGCAUCUCAAGCUGCAUUAAGACUAAUGAGGCCUGGAAAUGAUACGUACCAAAUAACUGAUAUGGUAAUGAAGGUUUGCAAAGAAUUUGAUUGUAAGCCAGUUGAAGGUAUGCUUAGCCAUCAAUUGCAGCAAUUUAAAUUAGAUGGUCCCAAAACCAUUAUUCAGAAUCCUACUGAAUCGCAUCGAAAAGAACAUGAAAAGGCAACUAUUGAGGCCAAUGAAGUGUAUGCUUUAGAUGUUCUUGUUAGCACGGGAAGUGGAGCUGCUCGUGAAACAACAGCUAAGGUAUCUGUGUUUAAAAAAACGGAGGAAGUAUAUCCAUUGAAGCUUAGGGCAUCUAGAAUAUUUUAUACUGAAGUUAUUCAAAAACAUAGUAUAAUGCCAUUCAAUUUAAGAAAUUUUGAGGAUGAAAAGAAAGCUAAAAUGGGUGUGAUGGAAUGUGUAAAUCACAAACUCAUUGAACCAUUUCAAGUUCUUUUUGAAAAAACUGGUGAAACUGUUGUGCAAUACAAGUUUACAGUGUUAGUAACAGCUACUGGACCUGCUCGUAUAACAGGAUUACCAUUUGAAGAGGAUCUUUAUGUGCCUAAUUUAUCCAUUAAGGAUCCAGAAAUAUUGAGUUUACUCAAGACAUCUGUAAAUCAAAGAGGAAUUUUGCAACCAGUGAAAAAGAAGAAGAAGAAGACACAAAAAAAUGCUAACAAUGCAGCUGGUGAAAAUUGUUCUAUGGACGUCGAUCAACCAUCAAAAACAGAAGCAGGAGUUGAAAAAAUGGAAGUGGAUGCGUCAGCUUAGAUAAUUUUCUUCCAUUUUUUUUUAGAAAUUAUGUACAAACAUGUUUUGGCAUUAAAUUUCAUUGAAUUACAGACGUAAUGAUCAGAUUAAAAAAGAAAAUUAGGAAAUUUUCAGUAAAAUUGUUAUGGAAUGUUUAUUGACUUCUAUAAAUGACUAAAUCAUUUAGCUUUAGCAUCAAAUCAAUAUUGACCAAAUUAUAUAUAUUUUAAUACUAAAUUUGUUAAUGAUCUAUAAAACUAACUUUAAAAUUCUGUUUACUUAAAUAUUGUCAUCCAAAACUAAAUGUAAUUUACUUGACUUGUUUUUGAAUAAAGUGUAUAAAACAUUGUCAAUA